UCAAUAGUCAUGCGUCCAUUGAAACGAAACUAGACCGGACUUGUGAGGCGGAGAAGCGCAGCACAGCAGCCCUGAUGGCCCAGUGGAUCACCUACUUCCCAAAUGAGGAUGAGGAGGAAGAACAGGAGGAAGGAGAGCAAUCUGAGGAUUACAAAAUCACAGGAAGAGACAGUUUGGUGUUCUUGAUCGAUGCCUCCAAGGAAAUGUUCAAAGGAGAAAACGGACAGCCCUCCAACUUUGACAUGACCAUGCAGGUGGUGCGCAGUGUGUACACCAGUAAGAUCAUUAGCAGUCACAGGGACCUGGUGGCUCUAGUUUUCUAUGGCACAGAACAAAGCAAGAACCCCACGAACUCAUUCAAGCACGUGUAUGUUUACCACGACCUCGAUGAACCUGGUGCAAAGCGAGUGAAGGACUUGGACGCUCUGCGGGAGGCGAAAGGUGCAAAGCUCGCAGCAGAGACCAUGGGCAGUGGAGAGACAUCAUUAGGUGACGCGCUGUGGUGCUGCAGCAACCUCUACAGUGACAUCAAGCUUCGCCUCUCACACAAGAGACUUAUGAUCUUCACCUGCAGGGAUGAACCUCAUGGAGGCGACAGUACAAAGGAUCGUCAGGCUCGCACCAAAGCCAGUGACCUCAAAGAGACAGGUAUUGACAUUUAUUUAAUGCACCUGAUGAAACCUGGCGGCUUCGACGUCUCGAUAUUCUUUCGUGACAUUGUAAGUCCACCAGAGGAUGAGAGCGAGUUGGCGUUGCAGCUGGAGCCGUGUCAAAAAUUGGAGGAACUCAAGCAGAGGGUGCGCAUCAAGAAUCAGAAGAAGAGAGCGAUGGCAAGGUUAAAACUGUGUCUGGGUGAGGACCUAAAAGUAGCCGUGGGGAUUUAUAAAAAUGUUGUAACGGCCAAAAAACCUGGAGCCAUCAAACUUUACAGAGAAACCAACGAGCCAGUCCACAGCAAAACCCGCACCUUCCACACCCAGACCGGCAGCCUGCUGCUGCCCAGUGACAUCAAGAAAGCCCAGGUGUAUGGUAAAAAGAAGAUAGUGAUGGAGAGGGAUGAGGUGGAUGCCAUCAAGAAGUUUGAUGAUCCAGGACUGAUUCUAAUCGGAUUCAAACCCAUGGAGAGUCUGAAACUGCAUCACUAUGUCCGGCCUUCUCUCUUCCUCUAUCCUGAAGAGGAUCAGGUUAAAGGAAGUGCAUGUCUGUUCUCCGCCUUGCUGACUAAGUGUAGCGAGAGGGACGUGUUCGCUCUGUGCCGUUGCAUCUCCCGCCGAAACCUCCCACCACGAUUUGUUGCCCUGGUUCCUCAGGAAGAAGUGAUCGACGAGGGGAAAGUACAGACUAUACCACCAGGUUUCAACGUCAUCUUCCUGCCGUACGCUAAUGAUAUACAGACGUUGGAUACUCCUCAGUUCCCGUCAGCCUCACAAACACAGGUGGAUAAGAUGAAGGAGAUCGUCUCCAAACUCCGCUUCAAUUACAGGAGUGAUGCAUUUGAGAACCCAGUCAUCCAGCAACAUUUCAGGAACCUGGAGGCCUUGGCUCUGGACAUGAUGGCUCCAGAAGAUACAGAUGACCGCAUCAUGCCAAAGGUGGAUCAGAUUGACAAGAGUCUGGGUCCUUUGGUGCAGGAGUUUAAAGACCUGGUCUACCCUUCCAACUACAACCCAGACAGCAAACCAGCUGCCAAACGCAAAAUAGCAAACACCGAAGGUGCAGCUGAGAAGAAGCCAAAGCUUGAAGUGUCAGAAGACGAGCUGAAGGCCCACGUGCAGAACGGCACCUUGGGAAAGCUGACCGUGCCGGUGCUGAAGGAGGCCUGUAAGCUGUUUGGAGUUCGGACCACUGGUACCAAGAAGCAGGAGCUGAUCGAUGCUCUGGUGGCCCGCCUGGGUUAAUGAACACUCCCCCAGAUCUGUGUCUACUGUUAAACUUAAAAAAUCAUGUGUAAUAAAGCUGUAACGAAGAGAACUUCGUUCCCUGGAGCUGGAGAUGGGGUGGGGGAAUAUUGCACCAUACACUUUAAUAAUUGCACAGGCGUUGGUAAACAGUGCACUUUAUUGGUAUAUUUGCACACUUAAAAACAGUUCACCGUUAUUGAUUGGUGUUACAUUUGUUGUCCUUUGUGGGUCUGUGUUGGUGGGUUCUGUGGUGGCCACAUGCACCUGCAAAGAGAGGGACAUGAGUUAAGGUGCAAUAGUGUGUGUUUGUGUGUGUAAUGUUACUCACCAGUUCUCUUGUCUCCAGGGUGUUCGGGUAAAAGGCCUCCCCAGCAAACACGCACCAUAUUUAUAGUUCCGGGGCGAUCCAAGUGGUGAUUAGUGUGGGUGUGGGAGGAUUGGGGUAUGUGAUUAUUGUGGGGUGUUGGAACUGGGGAUGAGGGGGUGUUGGUAAGUGGAUGUGUGUGUUUGUGGGUAUGUAGCAGAAUGAUGGGGAUAGUGAUAAACAGGGGGGUGUUGUCAAGGGGAGAGCCUCGGGGCAUGGGGAAUGGUUUCUCCCUACUUAAUUAGGCCCCUAUAUAAGGGGCCAUUUUGUUGUCAGACUGGGGUGUGUUGCUGCAUGAGGUGGAGGACCUGUGCCAGGUGCUUGAGAGACACAAUAAACUCGU